AUGAUCGACGAGGGUUGCGCCGGAGGCAUCAUCCCGCUACCCAACGUGGACGCCAGGGCCCUCGCCAUGGUGAUCGAGUACUGCAACAAGCACGCCGACGCCGCCUUUGCCAACAGCCGCGUCGAUGAGGGCAGCAGCAGCAGCAACUCCGAGGCAUCCGAGGAGGCGCUGAUGGAGUGGGACCGCAAGCUCGUCGACGGCCUCAGCCAGGACGCCCUCUACGACCUCAUGAUGGCCGCCAACUUCCUCCACAUCAAGGGGCUCCUCGACGCUGCCUGCCAGAAGGUCGCCGACAAUGUCAAGGGGUACAGCGUGGAGCAGAUGCGCGAGAUGUUCGGCAUCGCCAACGACUUCACCGAGGAGGAGGAGGAGGAACUGCGUAAAGAGAGUCCAUGGGCCUUCGAAGAGUAG